ACUAAGUUGGCAGUCCCCAGCGAAAGUGCAAAAUAAAAACAAGAAGGGAAAGUUUUGAUAUGAUAAUUCCUCAUAACAGAGAUGAGCAAUGCUUUCUCACUAUCUGUGAUUUAAAUAAUCAAAAACAUAACCACUCCCUAUAAAAAAUAUGGAUCAACGCAUAUAUAUGGCCAAUUUUGAAACAAUUAUUUAUUUAAAAUAUUAACUUACAUACCAAAUGUGAUGUUAAAUUUAAAAUAUUUUCCGAAUAAAUAAUCAAAAGUUGUGUCUGGCGCGCGCUUUGGGUUCGUGACAGAAUAUAUUUGUAAAUAUCAACAACCUAUGAUGAGCGCGGAUGCCAGGAUCAAGGACAUGGAUUCGCGAGAAGCUGGAGAUCGAGGGGCAUCCGAGGCGGACAAGGAGACGGACAAAUGCAAUUCGAAUUCCCAGCCAAGCGUCACCGAUUGGGUGAAUUUCUCGCAGUGGAUUCACUGCUUCUGCGUGGUUACCUUCGAUUUGAACCUUGGGCAGGCUCUGGAGCACGUGUAUCCCGCCGAGUUUAUGCCCACCGACCAGGAGGUGAGCAACAUCUGCUACAUGGCCUUCCCGGACUCCAACUCCGGCUGCAUGGGCGACACCAAGUUUCACAUGCGCCUGCGAUGCACUCGCAGACAGGAAUCCUUGCAAGGAUACAAUGCGGAGUGCUCGCCCGCACUGCGCCAGGAUGCGUCGCACUUCUGGGGCUUCGUCUACUUUCGCCAAAAGCGGGACCCCAAUCUGCCGCGUGGAUACUUUCAGAAGAGCUUUAUCAUCAUAACACGGCUGCCGUUCUUUAAUCUCUACUACGACAUACUGAACCAGUUGGCGCCGCGCUACUUCGAGGAAGGCAUUGACGCCAUCCGACUGAUCAGCGAGCAAAUAAACAGCCAGUGGCCCGGCCUCAGAGUGGGCAGUCUCCUGCAGUUGCCGCUCCUCAACUGCUGCUACCAGAUCAGCAUUCCCAGGGCGACGACCAGCAGGAAGACUAAUGCAACCACUACCACCGAACCAUCGACGGGAUCACCAGCCGAACCCCAGCUUCCGGCUGGACUGCAAAAGGUCCUGCCCUCCGUCAACGAAAUCGAGCUCUUCCGCUCCAUGGACUUUGUCAUGGAGCAGCUGUACACGCUCUGGGAGCUGGUGAUUACCGGCGAGCCCAUUGUCGUGGUGGGCACCUCGCCCGCCGACUGCUCCUACAUGGUUCAGUCGCUCCUGGCGCUGAUAGCCCCCCUGGAGUAUUGCGCUGAGGCGCGACCCUACUUCACGAUCCACGACAGCGAGUUCCGCGAGUUCACCCAGGAGUGCUCCAACGCCAAAUCGCUGCCUGCCUGCAUUCUCGGAGUUACGAAUCCAUUCUUUGUGAAGCUCCUCAAGGACUGGCCGCACAUGCUGCGGUUGGUGGACAACCAGAAAAACAUGCAACAACAACAGCAUUUGCUGCUCAGCCAGAAGCACGCUCGAAGCAUAGCCUCGGCCACCUCGUUCUCCAGUUCGUCGGGAGCAGCCGGAGACCUGGUUGCCAGAGCCGCCAAGUCCAGCGCGGGAUUGAACGGAGGAGGUGUCUCAGGCGGCUCCAACGGAAGCGGUGGCAUCGGCGGAACAGGGGACAGCUCCGCCGCCGGACUGCACAGCAAGUACAAGCCUUACCUGAAAAAGGACAAGUCCCUGAUCAAGAAGGUGCUGCUGGGCAUGAAAACCAAACGACCGGAGCACGUCCAGACCGCCCUCAUACGCCGCAAUCUGCUGGAGCUGACCCAGAGCUUUAUGAUUCCGCUGGAGCGGUACAUGGCCUCGCUGAUGCCACUCCAAAAGGACAUUAGUCCGUUCAAAUCGGCGCCCAACGCCAGCAGCUUCAAGCUGGACGACUUCCUGGCCACGUUGGAGACUGCCGGGCCGCAGCUAACGUCACCGUUGAAGGGCGACUGGAAGGGCUUGUACCGCCGCUUCUUCCGCUCACCCAACUUCCGGGGAUGGUACGAGGCGCGCCACCGGGAGCUGCAGCUGACGCUUCAGGACCUCCAGCUGCAGGCCCUCUCCGAGGCGAACCUGGAGCACUGGGCGCACGACAAGCAGGAGGUUGAGAUCAUCGACAUGAUACUGAAGCUCAAGCAGAAACUGAAUCUCUAUAGCGACAAGGCUGCCGCGCUGGAAGGCGGAGGACCGAAUGGCACCCAGCAGCAGAUCAGGGCCCAAAUCGAAUGCAUGAAGGGUCUGCUGCCGCCGGAUCUCAAGAAUGUGGUGAACCUCUGAUC